ACAGACACUCCGAAAACGCGUUCCCCACUGCUGCUGCUGAUGUCAGCCACAAUUUUGGUGAUUGUCACUAGUUUAGCAAAGCUUACUUACGGUGAUAGUGCUUCCUUGUACAAGUAUCGAUGCGCGAAUGGCAAAUGUUCCAGACAGCACAAGGAUUCGUUAAAUUCCAGCGAAUCGUAUUUGGAUAGCCUGAAUGAGUGCCGGUUGGUAUGUGGCGAGUAUAGAGCACUGUGGCCCAUUCCAGCCGUUAUACUGAACCUGGGACAGGAAACAAGAGAAUUCGUUCCCAGUGAUAUCGAGUUCGACUUCCACGCUAGUCCUGGCGAUAUUGAAGUGCAAAAGUUUCUGAAUGAAACGAGCAAAAUUUUUCUGAAAAAUUUAUACAAAGAAUGUGGUAGACACUGCAAUCGUACAACCAACACUAGAAUAUAUUUUGCAAUUAACGUUGAAACGGGAGAAACCAGUCUGACAUGGUCAACGGAUGAAUCGUACGAUCUCUUCGUUGAUGAUCAUGAUGGAUUGCUUGAAAUAUCCAUAGUGGCGAGAACAAUUUUCGGCGCUCGGCACGGAAUUGAAUCGGUGAGUCAACUUACAGCUGUGAGGAAUUAUCCCGAAGGGGACUGCUUACUGCUCUUGACCGCGGUAAAUGUCAAAGACUACCCGUACUAUCCGCAUCGGGGUUUCCUGUUGGACACGGCGAGAAAUUUCAUAUCAACCAGAGCUAUCAAACGUCAGCUAGAUGGAAUGGCAUCGACCAAGUUGAAUGUGUUACAUUGGCACAUCACAGAUUCGCAGAGCUUCCCACUGCAGUUGGUCAAUCUGCCACAAGUAACAGAGUUCGGUGCCUACUCCGAGAAGCAGAUCUACUCCCAAAAGGAUGUGCAGGAUAUCUUCGAGUAUGCAAAGUAUCGAGGGAUUCGAGUGAUUUUGGAAUUUGACGCACCCGCCCAUGCCGGAAAUGGCUGGCAGUGGGCCCCAGCCGCCGGGCUUGGCAACUUAGCAGUCUGCAUCAAUCAACAACCGUGGCGGAAGCUCUGUAUCGAGCCUCCCUGCGGUCAACUGAAUCCCGCCAAUCCCAAUCUCUAUCCAACGCUGCAAAAACUAUACGCUGAUUUCUCUCACCUCAUUCCACCUCGAGAAAUUCUUCAUAUGGGUGGCGAUGAAGUGUUCUUUGGUUGCUGGAACGCUACCGAGGAGAUUGUAGAAUAUUUGAAGGGCCAGAAUAGGAGCCGAGGGCAGGAUGAUUUCCUAGAGCUGUGGGGGGAAUUCCAGCAAAAUGUUCUUCAACUAUGGGAUCGUCAGCGACGGGGAAUGGAAGAUUUACAGCCCACAGUCAUAUGGUCAAGUCAUCUAACCGACCCAGCAGUCAUUGAGAAGUUCUUACCAAAAGAACGAUAUAUAGUACAAACAUGGGUUGAGUCUGAUAUGGAUCUGCCACUUGAACUGUUGCGGAAAGGCUAUCGACUGAUCGUUUCCACCAAGAACGCUUGGUACUUUGACCAUGGAUUUUGGGGCAGUACCAACUAUUACAAUUGGAGAAAAGUCUACAACAACAAACUACUGAAGAGUGUUAAAGUCCUCGGAGGUGAGGCCUGCAUUUGGACAGAGUUUAUCGAUGAGAACUCACUAGACUCACGAGCAUGGCCACGGUUGGCGGCGGUAGGAGAGCGCCUGUGGGCCAACCCAGAGCAGGAUGCAUCCAAAGCGGAAGGUCGAUUCUAUCGGCAUCGAGACCGUUUGAUAUCCCGUGGAUUAAGUCCGGAAGCCGUAACGCCUCAAUGGUGUGAGCAGAACGAAGGACAAUGUCAAUAAAAUUCCAGUUAGAAUCGGAAGCUUUCGCAAUAAUUUCGAAAAC